UGAUGCUGGCUUUAUAAAACGAUACAGUGAAACAAGUGUUUAAGAUAACUGAACGACUGAGAAGUCGAAGACGAAUAACUUACAGAAAUGGCUCUAAAGACAUCGAUAUGGCUAAAUCUAAGCUUCGUGGAGAAGAUUUUGCGAAAAUCGGAAAAUGAUAAUUCGAUUAAGGUGACCGAUAUAUUUUCGAAACCAGCCACAAGCAAGGGUGACAACCACACCAGCGACAUGAUCAGGAUUACUGCCGAAUAUUCGCGCGACCAAGGCAGUUGUAAGAUUAAAGAGAAAAAGUCAAUUAUCCUUAAAAUCUUGCCUGAACUCGGAAGUGUUAAACAAAAAUUUGUCAUAGAAUCAGGUCUCUUUCACACCGAGACGUCGAUGAUGUCAAAUACUUUGAAUAAAAUGAAUAAGUUGUUAGAACCGAAGUAUCGCUUGAGUGGAAAGACUCUCUACGUGCAAAAUGAAGAUCCAAUGCUUAUGGCGAUCGAAGAUCUCGCGUCCCUCGGCUUUCGAAUGGCCGAUCGUUUAUCUGGUCUUGACUUAGAUCAUUCCAUAUUGGCGAGUUGUAAUCUAGCCAGGUUUCAUGCAGCUUCUGUAGCUCUAUGUGAGAAGGAACCAAAGCAAAAAGAGAUAUAUUCGCUAGGAACAUUUAACGAGCAGCAAUCGUCAGGAAUGAAGGAUAUUUUCAUUAAGAGUACUAAAGGUUUAGCAGACGUGAUUGCACACUGGCCUGAAGUAAAAAAAUACUCGGAAAAAAUUGCUAAACUCUCCGAUCACAUAUAUCAAAUAGGAAUAGAUGCAACCAAACUCCGUAAGGAGGAAUUUAAUGUUAUUACUCACGGUGAUUUUCACGUGAACAAUAUGUUGUUCAGAUAUAACAAUGAUGGUAAACCUAUCGAUCAUAUUUUUGUAGAUUUCCAAAUGUGCGUUUACGCAACACCGGUACUCGAUUUAUUACUUUUUCUCAAUACAAGUCCUUCCUUGGAUGUCAUGGAAAACAAGAAAAAUAUUCUAUUGAACGAAUAUCUUGACACCUUGUCAGCGACUAUGAAAGAAUUGAACUGCAAGACACAGGCGCCCACGAUGGAAGAACUGAAGGCUACCAUAAAGCGAAAAACUAGCUAUGAAAUGAUAGUAUUAUUUGUCAUUUUACCGUUUGUGCUGUGCAGUAAGGCUGAGCCGAUAGAUAUGGAUGAAUUAUUGAGCACUGGUAUAAAUCCAGGUUUUAAGAGCGAGAUUUAUAAAAUUUUAAUGAUAAAAAGGUUGCCACUGUAUGACGAAUGGGGUUUAUUGGAUCUAAAUUCUUCGAUUCCAAUUUCAAUUUCAAAAAUGGAUCUAGAAACAUUGACAUGGCUGAAUUUAUGCUUUGUGGAGAAGAUCCUGCGAAAUUCGGAAAGUGAUAAUUCGAUCCAGGUAACUGAUAUAUCUUUGGAAUCAGUCACGAGCAAGGGUGACAACUAUACUAGUGACAUAAUCAGGAUAAUUGUCGACUUUUCUUACAAUCAAGAUGGCCUUAAGAAUACAGAGAAGAAAUCAAUCAUCAUUAAAAUCUCACCUACACUCGAAGGUGAUCGAAAGAAACUUGUCACACAAUUAGAUUGCUUUCAUAAUGAGGCAUUGAUGAUGUCAGACACCUUGAAUAAAAUGAAUAAAUUGUUAGAACCAAACCAUCGCUUGAGUGGGAAGAUUCUCUACGUGCAAAAUGAAAAUCCAACGCUUUUAGUGAUCGAAGAUCUUGCGCCUCUGGGUUUUCGAAUGGCCGAUCGUUCGUCUGGUCUUGAUCUAGCCCAUUCCGUAUUGGCACUUCGAGGACUAGCCAGGUUUCAUGCAGCCUCCGUAGCCCUAUGCGAGAAGGAACCAAAUCAGAAAGAGAUGUAUUUGAAAGGAACAUUCAACAAACAGCAUCCGCCAGAAAUGAAAGAUAUUUUCAUUAAAAGUACUAAAGCUUUAGCAGACGAAAUUGCAAACUGGCCAGAAGUAAAAAAAUAUUCGAAAAAAAUUGCUAAACUUUCCGAUCACAUAUAUGAAAUAGGAAUAAACGCAAGCAAGCUGUUCGAGGAUGAAUUUAAUGUUAUUAAUCACGGUGACUUUCAAAUGAACAAUAUAUUGUUCAAAUAUAUUGUUCAAAACAACGAUAGCAAACCAAUCGAUUAUAUUUUUGUAGAUUUUCAAAUGUGCGUCUAUGGAUCGCCGGCACUCGAUCUUCACGGUUUUCUCAAUUCAAGUCCUUCCCCAGACGUUAUUGAAAACAAGAGACAUUUUCUGUUAAACGAAUACCUUGACACCUUGUCGGCGACUAUGAAACAACUGAACUGCAAGACACAUCCGCCCAGUAUGAAGGAAUUAAAGGCUAUUCUAAAGCGAAGGGCUAGUUUUGGAAUGAUAAUAUCCUUCACGGUUUUACCAUAUAUGCUACGCUGUCAGACUGAGACAGAUUUGAAUGAGAUAAUAAGCACUGGUACUUUUAUAUAUCCAAAGAGCGAGAGUUUUAAACAAUUAAUGAUAAAAAGACUCCCACUGUAUGAUAAGUGGGGUUUAUUAGAUCUUUAAUGCAUACUUCACCAUUAGUGAUAAAAUAUAAAAAUUAAAAAGAAAUAAAAGUAAUAGACAUAACUAUAGCGAAUACAUUAAAAUUA